AUGGCCGGGGCUCGGCUCUCACGAUGGGGAACCUGCCGCAUCGCCGCGGCAGCACUGUGCCUUUGUGUGGCCUCCGGGGCCGCAACUUUCUGCAUUCCGCUCCGGCAGACGCCUCUUGCCGGCUUCGGCCGAGCGCAGGUGGGUCGCCAGCCCCCGGCAGCUGACAAGGCCCGGACAGCCCUCCAGAACCGUCCUGAAGAGGCAGAAGUAGUCGAAGACUCCUCGUCGAAAGCGACCGUGGUCAGCACUGCCGUGAGUCUUGCUAAGAGCAUGCUGGGCAGUGGAGCUCUUUCCCUUUCGGCGGGUGUCGCGGCCUUCACGAACACCUCCCAAGGGCUGCUGGUGGCCACUGCUAUCAUCCUGGGCAUGACAGUGCUGUCUGCUUAUACUUUCCAGAUGGUGGCGGAAGUCAGCGCAGAUACAGGGGCAGACGACCUCGGUGCUGCCUGGAAGAUCAGUUUCGGCAAGUGGGCCUUCCUCCCACGGCUGGCAGUGGGUACUCUUUCCGGCAUCAGUUGCACGGUUUAUGCCAUGAUCCUUGGUGACCUCCUGACGCAGUUUGUUCAGUCCUUCCUGACUGCCGUCCCUUCCCUAGGAGCCCUGAAGCUAUACUGCAGCCGUGCUCCCGUUUUGAUCAGCCUCACCGUGUGCGUUCUGCUUCCAAUGUGCCUGGCAGAAGACUUCUCGAGCUUGGCCUUCACUUCAAUGCUGGGCCUUGCUGCAUGCGUCUACUUGUCGGCAUUCUGCGCGCUGCGUGCGCUGGAUGGCAGUUACCUCAAGGGAGGUAAGUUCUUCCGUGCUGCGCCAUAUGCGCCGAUGGCCUUGAUCAGCGCUAGCCAGCUGUCGGAUGCCGUGAACCCUCGGGUCCUGGUCUUCUUAUCGAACAUCAGCACAGCAUACAUGAACCAUGGGAUGGCACCGGCAACAUACCAGGAGCUUGUCCAGAGCGGCAGCUCCAAGAAAAGCAACCUUCGUCGCUAUGCUCUUGCCGUUACUCUCGCCUUUAUCAUCACCGGCGGCGUUUGCACAUCUUUGAUGGCCGCCGGCUUCUUCACCUUCGGCGCGAACACCCAAGGUCUGCUUCUGGCGAACUACGCCACCCGCGACCUUGCAGCUUCGCUUGGAAAGAUGGGCGUGAUGAUCAGCAUUCUGUGUGGAUUCCCCCUCAACUUCAUGCUGCUGAAAUCGGAGGUCGUGGCCAUGGCCAAGAAAAAAGGCUUCACGAUGGACAAGCCGGCGGUGCGAUGGCUGACCGUGGCCCUGCUGACUGCCCCUUCGGCUUCAUGA